CGCCCAGGCUGGGCUGGGUUCGCGCCCAGGCUCUGUCGCAGCCGGCCGCAACCGGGAGGUCCGUGGGGCGACGCACAAUUGGCAUAGCGUCAUCCGGGUUAGGGAGGGUUUGGCCGGUAGGGAUAUCCUUGUCUCAGUAUGUAAAAUGUAAAAUGUAAUAAAAUGUAUGCACUCUACUGUAAGUUGCUCUGGAUAAGAGCGUCUGCUAAAUGACUAAAAUGUAAAUGUAAUGUAAAUGGUAAUUGAAGCCCUAGUGGAAGAAAGUUGCAUAGCAUGUGUGUGCCCAAGAUAGUCACACACAACUAUGAGUCUCUUAGACCAAAGAAGCUGCAGUUAUGAAGAAGAAGGGAUGUCAAACUUUAUUGAUUAGUGAUCAAUUUGAAAUACAUCUAUAAGGAUCAGAAUCUACCUAUAAAACAGAUAUUCUGAGGCAGUCCAGCCAGGAAACUCUGUGAGACUGAGCUGAACAAGACACAUGAGAAGUGCAUGAGCGCACCCUGAAUGAGGUGUCAACAAAAAUGAUGCGUAGAGUUCAACCAAUCACCAAUAACCCCAUUGUUGAAGUGAUGUCUACACGGGUAGACUCUUGCCACUCAAGACACAGUUAGUAAAGAGUAUGACAAAUUCAAAAAUGAUCGCACUGUGUCUGAUAUUUCCACUUAUCGUAGAGAGGGUUCAUAUGGUAGCUGGGAUUAAGUCCUCAUCCAUACGUCAGGAGAAUGAUCUCAUCUCUGCCAACGUUGGAGACACAGUGAUUUUGCGUUGCUUCUAUGAAGGCGACAUGGCAGUAAUUUUCUCCUGGUACAAGCAAACAUUAGGAGAAAAACUUCAGCUCUUCUCAACCUUCUAUAAGAAUGACAGUGAUGCUACGUUUCACCAGAAAUUUAAGGAUAAUCCUCGUUUCUCACUGCGAUGUGGCAAAGGAGUGAAUCACCUAAGGAUCUCCGACAUCGAACUCUCGGAUUCAGCAACAUACUACUGUGGGAGUGCUUAUAACAACAUCAUGGAAUUUGGAGAAGGAACCAUUGUCAUUGUAAAAGGUUCAGGUUCCAGAAACAUGCCUAUACUCCAGCAAUCUGUGUCUGAGUCAGUCCAGCCAGGAGACUCUGUGACUCUGAACUGUACAAUACACACUGAGACCUGUGCAGGAGAACACAGUGUCUAUUGGUUCAGACGUGGCUCAGGAGAAUCCGGUCCAGGAAUCCUUCACACCAAUGGAGACAGGAGAGAUCAGUGUGAGAAGAGUCCUGAUGCUGGGUCUCCUACACAGAGCUGUGUCUACAACCUCCCCAAGAGGAACCUCAGCCUCUCUGAUGCUGGAAUUUACUACUGUGCUGUGGCCUUAUGUGGGGAGAUACUGUUUGGGAAUGGGACCAAGCUGGACAUUCAAGUUCCAGAGCAUGAUUCUCCAUUUGAUCUAAGUCCUACUGUUCUUGCCUUGGUCGUGUCCAACAUCGUUCUAGGGAUAGUGACCCUUCUGCUUGCCUGGGCGCUUUACACGAAUCUGAACAGAUAUCACAGAGGGAGGAAAGAUGGUCCAACAUCCCAGGGGAAUCAGAAUCAAGACAGUGACGUGUUGAACUACGCUGCUGUGAGUUUCACUCCCAAGAAGAACUCUUCCUCCUCCAGAAGAACAAGAGGGAAGACCAGCAGAGAGGAUGCAGUGUACUCUGAGGUCAGGUACCUUCAGCAGGAGUGAGAAACACAGUAUCACCACUGUCACAAAGACUCCAAGCAGAACCAGUUAACUCCUUGUAAUAAAAUGACUGUUAGUAACUGAAAUGUAUGUAAUUUUGACAAUGUAUAUAUCUUAGAUUUGUCUGAUUAUCCUGUAAUGCAUUCAAACAUUUUACUUGUGCUUUUAAUUAAUAUACAUUCUCUGA